UUCAAAAAAAAUAAUGCGAAUGACUACAAUGCUAUAGAAACCAAAGUGCGUACACUCACGUCAUAAUGCUAAAAUAAUGAGUAUUAUUAUUGUCAUCACCAUCAUCAUCAUCAUCCUCACCAUCAUCAUUAUCAUCAUCACCAUGCCGCGUCAAUUCACAUUCAAAUACCUGGCCACAGACAAGCGAGGACAAGUCGAGUCCCCUGCGCCGUCCGUGAGAACACCAAGAGUGACCUCCCCUAUCGUGAAGCACCGGCAAGGGGCACACCCCCACCACCCACCUCCAGGCUCCACGGAACAACAAAGCGCAGCCGCGGCCACAUCUUCUAAGCAGAACCAAGGACGCGGGGCGAAGAACAACAACAAUUUAGAGUCCACUUCCAAGAAAUCUGGAGGCGGGCUGCUUCUGAAACCUGGGGCAGCAACUCGACCAACAUCAGGAGCUGGGAAGGAGCAGCGUCCCCAAUCAGUGGACCCGCAGGCCGAACAGAACAGAAGUGUGUCCGUGAAUGACGUCACGAUCCGUGCUGUCACGCCGUCUGUUGGGAAGAGCCCGAGGACUUUAGCUGAAAAAGACGCCAGUGAUUGGGCAGGACGGCCUCCAAGCGCCGCCCCUUCGACGCAGAGCUCAGCCAGUCCGCGUGAAGAGGGCGGGGUUUUGGCAUGGCUGGCGGACGGAGUGGGCGGGGACUGGAUGAAGAUGGGCGUCCUUUUGGGUGUUCCGUAUCCGUCUCUGAAAGUUCUGGGGCAGGACCCCUCACUAAAGGACAAACACAGGGCCAAAAAGAUGCUGCACCACUGGCGCUCCACCCGCAACAGUCGGCCGGACCACGGGGUACCUGAGCUGCUGAUGACGCUGCAACAGCUGUCCCGGAUAGACCUGGUCAGGGGGCUCAAGGACAAGCUCAGACCUUGGAUUGUGGAGCACUUAGAGAAAAGAGGUCAUCUGAAAGGGACGGUGAACAAACAUCAGAUGGACACCGUAGAACACCUGGAGCCAAUGAGUCCUCCAUUCUUGCUUGCCCUGGUCCGAAGACUCGGUUUUAACCUUGACCUCAUCCUUGCACUUGGCCUCUCCAGGCCAGAGGUCACACACAUCAUGAAUGACCCUCUCAGGAAACAUAGGGAGGACAAAAUGCUAGGGGUUGAGGUCUCAGGGCUCUGCUGAUGAUCCCUUUGCUCACGCCAUCCGUGAAAUUCUUCAACAGUACGACGCAAGAAGGAAGAAGACAAGUCCAUAAGAAAAAGGCCCAG